AUGAAUCAAUCAACAAUGCUAAAGAAAAAGGGUUUGAAUCCAAACAAAGCUCAAAGUCCAUUGAAGAAUCUGGAUGUUGAUAUGCAAUACCGAUCAAGUGCUGAAUUGGCCAACAAAUUCAAGAUUAAGAGAGAACAACUUGCAAAUGAACGCAAUGAUAAAGCUAAGAAAGAGCAGGCACUAAUAUCACAUAAAAGAAAGAAUUUUGAGGAUUUCAUUCCACAACAAGGAAAGAGUAAAUUGCUUGGGCACAAAUCAGUCAUUCAAUCGUCUUCAAGGGAAGAGCUUAGAACCUCACGUAUGAUUGCAGGGAAAGGACAAACUAAACAGAGGUUCCAUACGUCAUUCAAUAAAGAUGUUACUGCUUCAGCAUAUGCGACUGGAACAACACUAGGUAAUGGAGAGGCACGACAUGAUAUUCUUGAUCUACCGAAUUGCAAACAGGUAAAGAGGAAGCCGGUCAUACCAGCUAGUACUCUUGAUCAGUUUCGAAAAGAUCAAGGUAUACACAAAGAUGAUGAAACAAAACGUGACAACAACACAACUAGUGAUGUCGAAUUUAUGCAUACUCCUAUUAUUAAUGAACAUAACAAAGGAUUGGAUGAUCGUGUGGAACAAGAAGAGGAAAUUAACAUUGAUUGUAGUACAAAAGAAAUGUCGAAGCCAAAAAAUGUUCGAGGACAUACAACAUGUAAGGAUAUUCAUGCAAGAAAUUUGGAAGAAAGAAAGGAGGUGACAUUUGAUAAAGGACAAGCGGUGGGACCAACUAAUAAGAUAGUGUCACAAUUAAGCCACUUAAUAGGAACAAUUGCAAGGAAUCGUAGAUUCAUCAGCUUGAUGUACACUGGCAUGUGGUGCCAAAGGAUACUAAAACGCGCAUGUGGGAAUACGUCAAUUACCCUUGAGGAUAUGCUUGCAAAAUGUCCUGAUGGCAUUCCACAUAAUCAAUUCCGCCAGUUGAUCGAGUAUUGGAAACACCCAACUGUUCAAGCUAUAUGCGAGAUGAAUUCUCAAAACAGGAAAAAACAAAUGGGACCUAUUAAUUUUGCUAGAGUACGCGUGGCAUUGCGUGCAGCCAAAGACAACAACGAAGAACCAUCAAAGCCUGAAAUAUUUAUUGCAACUCGUACCAAGACGGGAAAGGGAAUCCAGGCUGAUACCCAAGUUGAAAUAGUCAUCUAUAACUUUUGGAAAGUUGAAGAGCCACCCAGCGACUCGCCGAGUGGCUUUGGCGAGUAUCAACCUUGA